AUGAAUGUUUUCGAUUUGAAGCAUAAUAUGACUCCGUCGAGGAAAGAUGGAGACUCCACGGAGUUCUCAGCUCUGGAUGGUGUUGCAGACCCGUUUUUUUUGGGUCUAACCAUAUUAAAGAAAUUUUUUGGCGUUGUCUUAUUUACAAACACUGGAGCCAAUGAGUACAUGACGGCGAUUCCAAUCGGGUUAGACAUUGAUGAUAACGUAUUCGCAAUAGCUCUUUCAUUAUCCGCAAACCAAUCCAGAAAUCCAGCGUCCAUUCGUCGAUCCCAGCAAAAUGUUCCGAAUGAAGCCAAUGAGGUAGAAGUGUCGACCAGUAGAAUGUAUCCCUCCAGAGCAGAUGUAGUCUACGAAUGCAUUGCAGUGCCCAUUGAGAAAUUGUAA